UCUUCCUCUAUCACACGUCACACAGGACACGCCCACCACCCUGUGUUUGUGCUGGUCUAAAAAAAAAACAACUGAGACUCUCAGUCUGAACCACAUCAGACCUCAACACGUCCAGGUCCAGGUUCUCAGUUGUUCAGCUGGUCCAGGUUCGGAUCCAAGUUCUUGAUCAUGCGUCUCGCGCAGGUGCUCGCGCUCCUCCUGUCCUCCUCCUGUUGUCUUCUGUCUCAGUCGCACAGACACCGACGCCUCUCCAGCUCGUGUCCAGACAAGUGUGACAAGUCGCAGUGUCCUCCGACCCCCGCCGACUGUGAGUCGGAGGACGCGCGGGACCACUGCGACUGCUGUCCUGUCUGCGCGUCCGGCGAAGGCGAACAGUGCGGCGGCGCGGGAGGACACGAGUGCGCGGAGGGUCUGGAGUGCGAGGUGACGGGCGGCGUGGACGUGUCCUCCACCGUGAGGACGAGGAGCGGAGCCGGAGUGUGUGUGUGCGGCAGCAGCGACCCGGUGUGUGGCAGCGACGGAGUCUCGUACCGGAACAUCUGCGAACUGCGGCGCGUGAGACAGCGCGCGAACAAACCGCUGCAGACGCAGCUGGUCGUCGUCCAGCGGGGGGCGUGUGGGCCAGGUCAACAGAACCCUGAGAGUCUUCGUUACAAGUAUAACUUCAUUGCUGAUGUGGUGGAGAAGAUCGCACCUGCUGUUGUACAUAUUGAACUGUACCGCAAGAUGAUGUUUUCAAAUCGUGAAGUCGCCGUCGCCAGCGGUUCUGGUUUCAUCGUCUCUGAGGACGGACUCAUUGUCACCAACGCUCAUGUGGUGGCAAACAAACACAGAGUAAAGGUGGAGCUCAAGAGCGGAGCCACGUUUGACGCAAAGAUCAAAGAUGUGGACGAGAAAGCCGACAUUGCUCUGAUCAAGAUCAAUACACCGAUGAAGCUGUCAGUGCUGCUGCUCGGUCGCUCCGCUGACCUUCGACCCGGGGAGUUCGUGGUCGCCAUCGGCAGCCCGUUCUCUCUGCAGAACACCGUCACCACCGGCAUCGUCAGCACCACCCAGAGGGGGGGGAAGGAACUGGGCCUGCGCAACUCUGACAUGGACUACAUCCAGACAGACGCCAUCAUCAACUACGGAAACUCAGGAGGACCAUUAGUCAACCUGGAUGGAGAGGUGAUUGGCAUCAACACUCUGAAGGUCACCGCUGGAAUCUCCUUCGCCAUCCCUUCAGAUAAGAUCAGAGAGUUUCUGGCAGAGUCACAUGACCGACAGAUCAAAGGUAAAACGUCAGCCAAGAAGAAAUACAUCGGUGUUAAAAUGAUGACGCUCACUCCGAGUCUGGCUAAAGAGCUGAAGCAGCUUCAGUCCGACUUCCCGGACGUCUCGUCAGGAUCGUACGUCAUCGAGGUCAUCGGUGGAACUCCAGCUGAAGCCGCCGGCCUGCAGCAGAGUGAUGUCAUCAUCAGCAUCAACGGCGAGCGCGUGACCUCAGCCAGCGACGUCAGUGCCGCCAUAAAGCGAGACGAGACGCUGCGGACGGUGGUGAGACGAGGCAACGAGGACGUCCUCCUCACCAUCGUCCCCGAGGAGGCGGAGCCUUGACGCCACGUGACUGAACUCGGCGAGAGUCGACCAAUCCUAAAUCGCUCUCAGCCAACAACUGGGGGCGUGUACUUCCAGGAGCCACACCCACUGCUUUUAAGAACUUUGAAUUAUUAUUCUUUUACUCUUUUGUACAAUGUCAACUUUUUUCCAUAAAAAGGGAAUAAAAUGUUUUGUGAUAAACACA